ACUGCCGUACCGUCAACUUUACAUCUUUAACAUUGUAUAUGUCUGGACAGCACCUGUAGCAAUAGCCGACAUACUGCUAAUAUUUUUGAAUUGUCAGACUACGCCUGUAGAAUUAGUGGGUAUACUGCCAGCACUUUUGAACUGUCAAACUACACAAUUACUGAAAACAGAAGAGUUGAGCGCUUACGAUGGAAAUAUCUAACAAAGUAUUUUUCAUAACGGGGGCGUCUCGAGGCCUUGGCAGGGGAAUGGCAGAAGCGGCACUGAAAAAGGGCGGAAAGGUUUUUAUUGCAGGUUCCAACACAAAAAUCGGCGAGGAAACCUUAGCAGCCCUACAGAAGGAAUAUGGAGCUGACAAUGUCAGAUUUGGAAAAUGCGACGUUAGCAAUAAAGAUCAAUUUACAGCUACCUUUCAGUCGGCUGUGAACAGUUUUGGUCACAUUGACGUGAUGGUGAAUAACUCAGGAAUACUGAAUGAGAAGACAUGGGAAUUGAUGAUAGCGAUCAAUGUGAAUGCAGUUGUUUGGGGAACUAAUUUGGCCAUGGAACACAUGCGUAAGGAUAAAGGUGGUAGAGGAGGGGUGAUAAUAAAUGUGUCUUCAGUAGCAGGUUUGGUACCAUUUUUGUGGUUUCCUGUCUAUGCGGCUACAAAACAUGCGAUAGUUGGAUUUACUAAAAGCUGGGCGUCAAAUCCAAAUAUAUCCAGCAUGGGAGUGAGAUUGGCCUGUCUGUGUCCAUCCUUCGCAGACACACCUAUGAUACGUCCAAAACCAGAUGAGUGUCAAUGCCACGACAUUCUAAUCGCCUAUCUCGAGAUUUGUGAAAUAAUUCCAGUGAUUGAUGUAGGUGAUGUCUUCAUCAAACUGGUUCAGGACGAGGACAGCAAUGGGAAGCUGAUGGCCAUCAUGCCAGGGUCAGAUUCGUUUUACAUGGAACAGGUGCUUGAUCCGCCGCUUGUGAUGCCCAAGUUUGAUAUGAGUCAAGAUGUCAAAAAAUAGAUCAAAGUGACCUGGGUGGUGUGUUGGUUAAGCCAUAGACCUAAAACUGAUAGAUAGUCUAUAGUCCUUGACAUAGGGAAUGUCUUUUUUCAUAAUAUGGGAUAUACUAUAGGUUCAUAUCCCAGUAGCGGCUCAGUGUCCACUCCACAGAUUUCUUUCUCACUAACCAUGAACAAAUAAACAUUGACUCAGGCCCAUCACCUGGGCAGCUAUCUCACUACAGCGUGCUUGAAGCUUAAUUCGAUUUAAUUAGGAAAUCAAGUCAAUAUAGGCAACGAAUGAAAGAAAGUCUAGGUCAUCAAAUAGACGCAUUAUUAUUUCUAUGUGAAAACCUGUCUACCUAUUUGUUCUCAUGUUGAUAAAAUCAUUUGAGUUCAAUGCCUCCCAGUCACGCAUUGUACUCUCCACCUUAUACAUUGACCUGCCUUACAAUCCUAACAGGACUUACUAUUGUCACUGGAGGUUUGUUUGGGUAACCUCCCUCCCCUGAUUAGUAGUAAUAUGUAUCAUUAAUUAUUUAUGCAAAAUUAUACUAUCCUAUAAAUAAAUACACUUUUAUUUGGUACCGGUAUACAAUUGUUACACUAGAAGUUCAAACCAGUGCAUAUUACCCCCAAAAAUGAACCUGCAAUUUUCAGCAAAAAUGAGGGUUGUUAAUUAAUGAAUGAAUUAAUGAAUUUUUAAUGAUAUCCCCAGCACGGGGUUGCUAAUAAAAACAUUCAUCAAUGUCUUAAAUGGUAUGUGACUCCCAUUUUCUUGCAGGUCAAUUAAAUUUGAGUUGCAAAACUUUUCAUAACUUGUAUGCAUAGUAAAUGUUAACAUUAUCGGCUUUAGGAAUAUAUUUGGCACAAUGGAAUCUUUGUGACUACCUAGCGCUACAUCCAAGACAGGCUAGGUUUUAUUAAUUUAAACUACAAAGCCAAUUUUUUUUGGUUGUACAGAACAGAGUUAAUGGAUAUUUUGAACAUUAUGAUGGCAUACAGUGACUGUCAAAACAGUAAUAAUUAAUGAUACCAUGGAAGAAUAAAUUCAACGAACAAAUUUUCAAUUUAUUAUUCAAAUACUAACAUGAAGGAAAGGAAGUUAAAUAUUAUUUAAUCAUUGUAGGAGUUACCAAUGAUACUUUUUGUUAUGCUUAGUGUUACCGAAUGGUUGUAUACAGAAAAACACGAACAACUCGGCAGGGGUUUACGAUUUAUUCUGGAUCAUCAAUCGGGUGGGAUAUGAAGAUCCCUGGUUCCAAGCAUACGUAUAUACAAAUACACACACAAACAAAGACCCUGAAAUAACAAAAAAGGAAUACUUAUAGUCACAUAUAUAUUGAAAUCUCAGUUAAAAUAAGAACAUUAAUUAUAUACUUCACAUUCAGAAUUAACCUAUAUACUAGCCUGUGUUAUCACACUGACCUUUUAAGCAUAAAUAAUGUCUUAUCCAACCACAUAUCCAUACAUUAAAUUCAAUACAUCAUUGAAUUUAAGGAAUCAUAAAAUGACUUAGAAAUCACUGAUUACACAUAGAACACUGUUUAAUACAUUGAAUGUCCUUUUCUAAAGAAACACUAUAAAAUCACUUUUAAACAUAUUUCAUAAAUACAAAGCUAAAUAAACCAUAGCCUGUCUACAAAUAGUUUACCUACCGACUGUGGGUCGGGUCUUUACAGAAGCAUAAUGCUGGUUGUCACCUACAUGUGGUACCUAAUAAUAAAAUAAAGUAAAUUAAGUACACAUAAAUCCAUAGGUGUACACAAACUAAUUAAACAACUAUCUCAUAAUAACUUAGUUAUUAUGUUACUUUAUUAAAUACUGUAAAUUAGAUAGUAUAAUCAUUUAUGAUAGGAAAUAUAGACUUUAACCUAUUCUACUAGCUAUUCUAUAAAUAUAACGUAACCAUUUAAUAAAAAGCUAAUCGAGCUAAGUCACAAUGUUAUAUUUAACAUAACUACAAUACUAUUACUUUAUUAUUAAUCACUAAAUCUCCUGAUCUCAUUUCUUGAUUAAAAUAAGUAAUUAAGACAGGUAGUUAAUGUGUAAACCAUGUACAAUAUGUAUUUACCUUUAAAAUUCUCUGUGAAUGUUAGUUGUGCAGUUGCUGUGAACAAAAGCUUGUCUUCUCAUAAAAGUGGUCUGUUCUCCUUGAAUGUCAUAAAGCUUCUGACCAGGAGAACACAGAAACAAUGACACUGGGCUUGCAAGAACUGAGUUGUCAGUGAGCACAACCCAAGCCCAGAAAACCAGAGAAAGCGAGAAAACAAAGAAAGCCUGCACAAGUAUAACCUGACAGAAUAAAACUAUGUGAACAGUCUUUUAAAAUAGUAUGUGCGUAGUGAAUGUAGUUUAAAACACCCGGUUACACUUAGUAAAAUUAUAUUGGCAAAUUUGUAACAAUUUCGAAAACAUAAAUAUUACAAGUUCAGUUAAUAAACAUAUUCAAAUCUU